ACAGGCACAUGUGUGUAUGUCACGAUGAUGUGGUGUCAUGGACGGCAGCGGCCUAAAAAUAUCAUGUGAAACACAAAGAGCAGCUAGCAUGUGUCCUCAUGCCGACUCUGGAGAAACGCAUACAAACACGGAGGAGAUCUUUGCUCUCAAGUCCUGCUUGGAGAAAAAUCUGAAAUUUACUAUUUAUAAACUGUAUGACAGGUAAACCAUGUCCUCCUGUGUGGUAAAAUCAAGAGGAAAGAACCCCUAUGCGGCUGUUCAAGUGGACCCAGACAGCGAUUACGUCACACCAGGUACUCUUGACCUGGAGCAGCUCUUUUGGACUGGCACAAGCAUUCAACAUGCACACGUCAACCAAGUCUGGCCCAAUGUCUUCAUCGGGGAUGAAAAGACGGCACUGGAGAGACCUGGUCUGAAGGAAAUGGGUAUCACGCAUGUGUUAAAUGCUGCAGAGGGGAAGUACAACAACGUGCUGACAGGUGCACAUUACUACACAGAUAUCCAGUAUUUUGGCAUAGAGGCCGACGACAAACCCACCUUCGACAUUUCCCAGUUCUUCUGCCCGGCGACACAGUUCAUCAGCGAGGCCCUGAGCCAACCACAAAACAAGGUGCUGGUGCACUGUGUGAUGGGUCGCAGCAGGUCAGCGUCACUGGUCUUGGCCUACCUGAUGAUGGAGCAAGGCUUAACUGUAGUGGACGCCAUCCAGCACGUGCGACAACGCCGUUGCGUCCUUCCCAACCACGGUUUCCUCAAGCAGCUCAGAGCUCUGGACAUUACACUGCAGGAGGAAAAGCUGAGACUAAAACAACAAAAGACGCAAGAUCAACAGUCAUGAUUGGCAUCUGAAAUGGGGUGGGGAUGGGGGCAAACUGGAUCUAAUAAUGAACCUCAUCUUUACCUGAACACCUGACUUUCUUUUAUCAGUGAACUUUGAAAAAUCUAAAUUUGGAUAUGUAUGGUUUUCAUUGGACAAUGAUUAGAUGUAUCCCAAUGCAGUAACUGUUUCAUUUCAUCUAUUUUAAAUGGCAAAAUGGAUUGAUUUGUUGUUUCAAUGGUGAGAGAGAAGGCAGGGGAAAGUAGAAAAUCAAAGAAAUAAAAAACUGCUA